CUCGGGGACCGCGUUGGUUGCAGGAGGAGGAAGCGGUGGCAGAGGUAGCGGUGAGGGAAGGAGGGAGAGGGGUGACUGUGCCGAGCAGCUUGGCUUGCCUAGAUAGCGCUGCUGCCGCCGCGGCUGCUGUGGUGGAUGUUUUCAUGUUGCUUGGUGCAUAAUUUAGAGGAGGAGUUGGAAGCGGCGACUAUUAGAGGCAGGGAACGGGGAAUCUGCUGCUGGGGGCCUCCCUCUCUUCUUGCCCGUGUGUGCCAUCGAGGCAGCUCCCUGCACUUGCCCUGCAGUGCCCGGGUGGGGGCUCCCGGCCAGAGAGCGUCUGCGUCCCCCGGGGCUAGUGCUCUGGUGGGGGGUGUGUGUGUGUGCGCGCGCGCGUUUUUAGGGUGGGGGGUGGGGGUUGGGGGUUGUGUCUGAACCAGUUAGGAAGAAUGACUUUGGAGUCCAUCAUGGCGUGCUGCCUGAGCGAGGAGGCCAAGGAAGCCCGGCGGAUCAACGACGAGAUCGAGCGGCAGUUGCGCCGGGACAAACGGGACGCCCGUCGGGAACUGAAGCUGCUGCUGCUGGGCACAGGAGAGAGUGGCAAAAGCACGUUCAUCAAACAGAUGAGAAUCAUUCAUGGAUCAGGUUACUCUGAUGAAGACAAAAGGGGCUUUACAAAAUUGGUGUACCAGAAUAUAUUUACAGCAAUGCAGGCCAUGAUCAGAGCCAUGGAUACCCUCAAAAUCCCAUACAAGUAUGAACAUAAUAAGGCUCAUGCACAGUUAGUUCGAGAAGUCGAUGUAGAGAAGGUGUCAACUUUUGAGAACCCCUAUGUAGAUGCAAUAAGAAGUUUAUGGAAUGACCCUGGAAUCCAGGAAUGUUAUGAUAGACGACGAGAAUAUCAGUUAUCGGAUUCAACUAAAUAUUACCUUAACGACUUGGACCGCAUAGCAGAUUUGGCCUAUCUGCCAACUCAGCAAGAUGUGCUUAGAGUUCGAGUCCCAACAACAGGGAUCAUUGAAUAUCCAUUCGACUUACAAAGUGUCAUUUUCAGAAUGGUGGAUGUAGGAGGCCAACGAUCGGAAAGAAGAAAAUGGAUACAUUGCUUUGAAAAUGUCACAUCUAUCAUGUUCCUAGUAGCUCUUAGUGAAUAUGAUCAAGUGCUUGUGGAGUCAGACAAUGAGAAUCGAAUGGAAGAAAGCAAAGCACUCUUUAGGACAAUUAUCACAUAUCCAUGGUUCCAGAAUUCUUCAGUCAUUCUGUUCUUAAAUAAAAAAGAUCUCUUAGAGGAGAAAAUUAUGUACUCCCAUUUAGUUGAUUAUUUCCCAGAGUAUGAUGGACCACAACGGGAUGCACAAGCAGCACGAGAGUUCAUCUUGAAGAUGUUUGUAGACCUGAAUCCAGACAGUGACAAAAUUAUCUACUCCCACUUCACAUGUGCUACAGACACAGAGAAUAUACGCUUCGUCUUUGCUGCUGUCAAGGACACAAUCCUACAGUUAAACCUGAAGGAGUACAACCUGGUCUAACUGUGCCUAAGAGGCCCUCCAAGACCACCUUUGCGUGAUUGAAGAUACACAAGACGGACUGUAUUAUCUGUGAAAACAAAUUGCAUAAUACUAAUUUAUUGCUGGCCUGGACUCUGUGAAUGUCCACAGAGUUUUUAGUUAAUAUUAUGAUUUUAUUUAAACUGUAUGGAGGAAAACCAAAAGAUGCUGAUGUGCAUUCACAGUACAUUUUCUUAUUUUUUGUGUUUUAAAUUCUCAGUCGUACACUCACAAAGGAUAACAGUUUUUUGCUGUUGAAGCAAAAUUAAACUAGUUUCCUCUUUCCCUAACCCUUUCUCUCUCUUCCUCCUUCCUCCCCCCCUUAUGUUUUUAAAGGUACAAUGGCCGUUUUCCCAGUUGCAUUCCUUGGUAAAAUAUUUUCUGUUGAGUGAUUUGGUCAGGAAAAAUGCUAUCAUCAGAACUGAAGUUAUCAGUCAUUCAAAUUUUACAGAAUGUACUUUCUCUGAAGGAUCAAAAGUAUUGAUAGUGUGAUAUUUAAAUUCUUGACAUGGGUGUUUUCAUUCUGUCUUCAAUUCUGAGGCUACAAUAUUGGGAUUGCAAAAUAGAAAUAGUUGUGUAUGGAUUUAGAAUUUAACCAUACUUUCACAGUUCAGAAAGAUGCAUAGAAGAAAGUAAUGGAAUAAUUAAAGACACAAACCUGGGAUGUUCAUGGAAUAUCAUAGAAUCUCUUUUUAACUGUCAUGUGCCAUUAUUUUCUCUUUUCUUUAUUCACAAAUGCCAAACAGAAAUGUCAUGGACACUACAUUUUCCCCAGUGGCUACAGCCUGAAACAGUGGUGUUUGGGUUUUUUUUCAGUUGUGUGCAUUUUUUCUUAAGUUAGAGCUUUUUUAAAGUGUGUUCUUCCACAGUAGAAAAAAUAUUUUUGUUGUAUAAAAUCUUGCCAAAUCUGGCUUUUUAUAAAACAAAUAUUUUUGAAACAUAAGAUACCAAUUGAAAUGCCAAAUUGAUGGAUUGGGUACUGACCUGAUUGAGUCAACUGCUAAAUGAUAAACAAAUAUAGUUUCAGCUCAUAUGUUCCCUUUUUUAGAAAGUGUUCCAUUUUCUAAUGCCAAAAACAAGCGUGAGUGAAUAUGCUACUAGGUAUACAUGUAUAGAAGACAUUUUAACUCUCUCCUUAUGUCAGAGAUGGCAUGAGAUUGCAUACAAUGUUUUCUGUAAUAAUAUCAAAGCACCUUUGUACAGCAUGAAAUUAUUGAUGAGUGAUCACAUUCAGGAACCUUUCUUAAUAAGGUUGCCUCUUAACCGAUUCACAGACAUUUGAUAGGCUUCAUGCAAAAUAAAAAUAGCCUCUCUUGAUGUUCUUUAGAAAGAUUUAUUAAUGUAAAUGAAACAGUGGAAAGAUCACUCUUGAAAUUUAAACAUGCAAAUUUUUAACAACAAAAAUGUAGCACACAUAGAUGAGCAGCUUAGGUUGAAAGGUGUUUUUCUGACCAGGUGCAUGAUUGCUAGCAAGCUACAGAGAACUCAGAGGUCAGAUGUAAUUGGAUUGAUUACAAUGCCAAGUAGCACUAGAGUGCACUUAGCACAGAAAUUCCUGCCUCUCAGCUGCGAAGGAGAGGUGGAAAAAGAAUGACUUAUCAGUAACAAAGUUAAUAAAUACUAAUGAGAUGUUUUUCAUCCUUAACCCUCCCAAUUCCAAAACAACAAGAACAGUUGCUAUUUUUUUGCUGCCUCAUAAAAAACCUUAUAAUUGAAAACUGAUUGUAGGUAUAGUGCAGUUAUGAAUGUUAUAAUCAUUGUACAUACAUCUAUAUAUAUAUGGCAGCAUCACUAUUGGCUUUGUAAUCAUUAAUUUUUGGCAAAUUGGAUGUGCUGUGUUGAUAUGUAUCUAUGUAAUUGUAUUGUAUGUCUUACAGCUAAUUCACAUUUUAAACAAUGUUAUUUUAUUUACUUUUUUAAGAGAAGAAUGUAAAUUUGGUCAGUUUAUUUCUGACUAGGGAUUUGUUGUUUUAAUUUAAAAAGCAAAAAAAGCUUAUUAUAGUACAGAGUUGUACUAGCAUCGUGCUGUAUAAAAUCAUUUGUACAUUCCUGAGUAAAAGUAAAUUGGAGACACACAGAGGACAUUCACAAUCACAAUCAAAACAACGCUUAAAUCUUGUCAGGGCUUUAUACAGAUGUAGAAACCAUUUUUGCUGGAAGAAUGUAUGCCAUUAUAUCUAGGAUUGGAACAUAAGCUCUUAAAUAUGAAUUUGUAUUUGGCAGAUUCAACUUCAGUUAAUUUUACUUUUCUAAUAGCCUUUAUUAGAAAAGUGAAUUUAGAGACAUUUCAAACUAUUGAACAUAAGUACUAAUGGGUAUAUGCUAUUUCCCUAAAAAUAUCAUGAAAAAAUACAGAGCAUCAGAUCAGUUAAACAUUUCAGAAAUUACAGAAACCUUAGAUCUAACAACAACAAAGUUGCUAGUGUUAACAAUUUUAAGGAGUUAAAGAAUUUUAUUUAAUAAAGCUAAAGCAGGUAGUUGUAGGUUAUAAAAAGUGACACUGACAUUCUAAAUAUGUGAUCAGAACAGUUAUUCUUGUUAUAUAUGUCAUUAUAAAAUUGGUCCUGAUCUUGCUUAUAAACAUAACAAAUCUUCUGUUUCCACUGUUGACUCUGGAGUGCGUGAUAAUAUCCCUUCUUUUAACCUGGGAAUACAUUGGCCACCUUGGAUUUAGUGAUAUAAAUAGAACUGUAGAAAAAAAAAAAAAAGCCAGUGGUGUCUAAUGAAGGUUUGGGGUUUGUU